AGCUGAAUCUCAUUACCAAUGGAGAAAAGCUUGAUGUUGGCCUGGAUUCUUGUUCUCAGCACGGCCAUGGCGGUGCCACCGUGCCAAGGCUAUUACUCCGAUGACGAGCCACAUGUUCUGGCUCCGAAAAAAGUGACCAAACUACACUUCUAUUUUCAUGAUACUUUGAGCGGCAAAAAUCCUAGUGCAAUCAUUGUUUCCCGUCCUAACACGACGAUUGCCUCCAAUAGCAUCUUUGGCACCGUGGUAGCAAUUGAUGAUCCACUCACGGUUGGCCCUGAGAAAACGUCGGACGUCGUUGGGAACGCUCAAGGCCUAUGGGUGUCGACCGGCCGAGACGUUCCAUGCCUUACUAUCUACAUGGACUUUGGGUUUACAAAAGGUGAAUUCAAUGGCAGCUCCAUCAGUGUGUUCUCGAGGAAUCCGAUUACCGAAACGGAGCGCGAGCUCGCGGUGGUCGGAGGGAGGGGUAAGUUCAGGAUGGCACAAGGGUUUGCACACCUUAAGACUUACUUCUUGAAUCCCAAGAAUGGUGACGCCAUUGUUGAGUAUAAUGUGACUGUGAUUCAUUAGUAAGAUAAUAAC